UUGGAUUUGGGUUUCCUUAAUGGGAAGCAGUGUUGUGCUGUGCUUGUCUGCUCCCUGCUAAAUCCCUGAGUGGUGAUGGCACACCUUUAGUUAGGUUAUUCGGGAGCUCAUGAGAGAUCCCUCUCUCGGGUGUGAAAUUCCCCUUAUAUGCGACCCCCACUCCCUGUUUAUAACCCUUGCCUGUGCACCAUGCUUGCUGAUUCGCAAACCACCCCCUUGGAAGUAUGAGUCUUCUUCGAGUCUCGUCCUACCGUCGCUUGUUUGAGGAGGAGGAGUGGGGUUCUAGCCCAGCGGCGAGCCUUCAGUGUGGGGGGCAGUACCGAGCAGCAGCCAGAGCUGGUCGAGGUGUGGAGCUGGACUUCGCUGCUGCCCGGACUCUGAACAGAGAGGGUCUGUCGAGCUGUGUGAGGGACCGCGGUCUGAUAGCUGCUCUCAACAACAGGCUGGUCAACCUCAUUGAAACGGCCCGCUGUCUGGAGGAGGAAAAUGAAGUGCUGGAAGCAGAGAUCCUGGAGCUGGAGAGGAGGCUGGAGAGUCACAGCUCCCCCUCCUCAACCGGCCAGCGAGAGAACAUCUUCGACCUGAGCGCCGUGGUGGAGAGGCUUAGGAAGGAGAAGGAAGAGAUCCUGUCUGAUAUCGAUGCCCGACAGAAGCAGCUCCUGAUCCUGCAAGCGAAAUUUGGACACACCUCUGAGCAGCGUGCUCUCCUGGAGCUGCAGAGAGAAGAGAUCGCUCAGGAGGUGGAUGCUGUGACAGCAGAGUGCCUAGCGCUGCAGGAGCAGGUAGGCAUUUAUGAGGAGCAGCUGGAACUGAUGCAGGAGGAGCAUGGACAGCGUUUGGAGACCCUGGUUGCCCCGAGUGACGGUGCCCCAUUGGUUAGCCUGGUGUUCUCGACCCCUGAUGUGACCCCCACUGUCCUGGAUAUCAAGGAGUAUUACAGGGAGUUGGCUGAGAAGCUGCAGUUUCAGUCAGAGCCAGCCGCUAUCGCGUGGGACGAAGAAACAAAGAAGCCAAAGGCUGGCACAGAAUUAGGGGUCGGAGGGAGACACGUGAGCGAUGUCGGAGAACUGAAGAAACUGAUUGCUGAUCUGGAGAAGGAGCUGGAGGCUCUCUGGCAGUGUGGAGAGGCCCUAGAGAGGAAGAUUGAGGACAAGGAGGUUCUCCACGAAGAGGAGAUCGCUCAACUGGAGGACUGCACCGCGGAGCUGCAGGAGAGCCACAAGGUCCUUCAGCAGGAGAUUAAAGAGCAGGUCAACGAUUAUGAGGAGCUCCUGAGCGAGAAGAUGGCCCUGGAUAUCGAGAUUGCAGCCUACAGGGGAUUGGUUGAAGAAGAAGUGGAGAGACUCUGCAACUAUUAAUUGUCUGGAGCUGCAGAAUUCCAAGUGCAAGACAGUUCUAGAGCAGGGUACAGAGUGUUCCUUUCCCAGCAGCACACAGAGCCAGACUGGGGUGGUUCAUUUCAAGCAGAAGCAGCAGUGAACCAUUGAAACAGUAACCAGGACUUUAGGAAGGUCACCAUCAUGUCUUAUAACACAGCAGAGUGGAUGUUACUGUAUACACAGAUAUAAAUUCAUUAAACUGCUUGACACAAGGCUAAUUUUUUGACUUGACAUUGUUUAAAAAAUGAUGUCAAAGGAAAUGUACUGUAUAAAACCACCCGGUGAUAGCAUGUCUGCUGGAAUACUGUGUAGUUUAAUAAAAUAAUUGAAAAUGGAUUACGAUAUGAGAUACCAGCUGAAAAAAACAGGCCAAUUUAAACAAGAAACAAUUUGGGCUAGCUGCCCUCCCCCUGUUCCAUCAAAAACCAAAGCUGUUGGAAACUUGCAUUUGAUGCCCUUUUGCACUGCCAUGAAAAAUAGCGGCGGCAGUAAGCCCUGAUUGAGCCUUGUUUAAAUUAGUCUUGUAUGUAUUUCAUCUCGAAAGGGUGAUGAAGGCUACUUUAAACAGGCCUAAUGCACCACAAUCAAGGAGAAGCACAAUCAAAGCCAUUGAAGUG